CGCACUCGCAUUCCUUGUAACCGCACAACCACAUCAUAAUGUCCGCCAUGAUCUCUCUCGCUGCUCGUGCCGCCGUCAAGCGUGCUGCCGUAGUGCCUAAGCCCAGCACAUCUGCGUGCGCACCCAGAUUCUACUCGAGCGCACACGGCAACGACCCGGAGGUUUUGGAGACCGAGAAGCACCGUAACCUGAGCAAUUCCCAGCAUAAGACGUCCACUACCAUCCCCGAUGCACCCGGCUGGAAUGAAUACCUUUCUAGCAAUUCGGAGGCCGCUGUGAAGGCAGACCGCUCUGAUGCGACCUACGAUGACAUGCAGGCCUCCACUGUGAAGCAUAUCAAGGAACGACACCACCCCAGCAGCUCUCCGGAUGCGAACCCAAACGACCAAGCGACGAACACCUCCCGCAUGUCCGAGGGUGAUGUUGUUGAAGCAGUAUAUGAGCGCGAGGAAGUCUCGGGUCCUCUAAAAGGCGCGGGCCCCCGCGCGCCCAGUGAACGAGAAGCCAAGUCAAAGUGAGAAGGUUGUGUACGACUAUAUGCAUGAGGCUGGAGUGUCUAGGGUGUAGCUGUAUAGUCGCUGGACCUAAUUUGUCCACGACGCCUAUGUACGUUCCAUGAUGCAUUCAAUGGUGUGUCCAUCGUAUCGGCAUUCCCGGUUAGCGGACUGCUUGUCGAUAAGUGCCGACGGAGGCGGCG